CGUUAACGUGAUCUUAAAAUGCAGAACAAUAUCUUUAGUGUGUGGCACAUUUUCAUUUUGAAUUCUGCGCCUUUUAAGUAGUUUAUUAAAUGUAAAUGCAAAAUAAAUAAAUAUAAUAACCAUAGUUAUGACUUCUGUUAAUUCAGUAUUUAUGCCCCCCCACUUUGUGUUAAUCCUAGACACAGUAGACCUCCUGUGUUGUCUUCUGCUGUUGAGAGUACAGCUUAAAAAGUACAUUCUGUCAGUCAUAGUCAGGAUUUCUAUCCACUCUGUGAACACAGUGAUAAUCGGAGGAUUGGCCAUUGUUUAAUGAAGGGGGGAACAGAGAAUCAGGAUAACAUUUCUUUGGUGAUGAAGCAAAAGUCUUUCAUAAUUGACCCAUACAGUAAUUAUUUGGCAGUUUAUUUGCCUUCUCACUUGAAAGACUCCUCUAUUCGUAGUGUUUGCUCAUUUUCUCCACUUAGUUGCCCUGACGACCAGUAGAUGAGUUAUCAUGAAUAGCCACAGCAUGCCUGCAUCCUGUUUCCUGCUUUGGUCAGUCCACAGUUUACCUAACUUUCUGGAGUAUGGAAAACAGUGCGCCAGCUCAGGGCUCUGGUGGGAGCUGACGUAGCCCCCUGUUCAAACACACAACCCUUUCUGCAGUGUUCCUGGAGCCUCCCACAUCCGGAGGAGUCGUGGUAGCUAAAUACCCAGGUCCAGACAGGAACGUAGACUUCACUUCACUGUCAAGGCAGUCGCAUUCAGUCAGCAAAGCUGUGUGUUGGGCUGGCUGUACCUGCCCUGUGUUUUAGAAACGUCACUUAAAAGCAUACAUAUAUAAAAGAAGAAAAGAAAAGACCAAGAGAAAGAGUGAUUAAAUGAGUAAAUGAAAGCGAGGUGGAUUUAACGUGGAGUAGAUGAAGCGCGGUCAGAGCGAUGCCGUUUUUGCUCCGCGCUGCGUCGAAGCCUCCGUCCCAGGAGGUUCAUUGGGAGAUGCUGCUGGGGACAGGGCGAGCAGGAGGGGUACACAAGAGACACAGUAUGAAGGAGGCCAAAGACAUGAAGAACCGCUUGGGUUUUCUUCGGAGGCGAAACGAAUCUCCGGGAAGCAACCCUGCAUGCAAGCUGGAUAAAGUGAUGAAGUCUGUCAAUCCAGCACCUGAAGAAGCACUGAAAUGGGGAGAGUCUCUGGACAAACUACUGCUCCAUAAAUAUGGCCUGGCUGCAUUCAGAGCAUACCUCCGCACAGAAUUCAGUGAAGAAAAUAUUGAAUUCUGGUUGGCUUGUGAGGACUAUAAAAAGAUCAAGUCACAAUCUAAAAUGACAUCAAAAGCCAAGAAAAUCUUUGCAGAAUACAUUGCCACCCAGUCGUGUAAAGAGGUCAACCUAGACUCCUACACAAGAGAGCACACAAAGGACAACCUACAGAACAUCAACCGCACCUGCUUCGACCUGGCUCAGAAGAGGAUAUUUGGACUGAUGGAAAAGGACUCUUACCCCCGAUUCCUCCGAUCAGAGUUGUAUUUGGGCUUGAUAAACCAGAAGAAGCCCAAUUCUACAUUGUCAUCGUAGAGAGACAUGCGGGGGCUUGUUUUGUGGAAAGACUUGAAGAUGAUUGGGAGUUGAAUGUUUCCAUGCGAUUGAGGACCCCUCUGGUUGGAUAGAGGGUAGCUGUGCACCAUUUCAUUUAGUGUUAUAGAAUGUGGAAGCCAUAGCCCUGGGCAGAGUAGUGGCCAUGGACUAGCAUGAGAAUGGAGCCUGUCUUUCACACUGGGGACUGGAUAUCUGAAACAGUCCAGUACUGUUGGAAUCACACAUUGCUCCCUAACCCCCCACCUCUCCCAGUUGUUGGUACGAUGUGCUUAAAGAUCUUUUUUUGUGCAUGGUAUAGAGGGACUGCAUGAAGACUCUCAGAAGUUUAACGGAGUACUGCCCCCCCCCCCCCCUCCCCCCAUUCCAUUCUUAUUUCCAGGCAUGACGUUCCUCCACCAGGCCAUUUUACAGCCCUUGUUUUGCGGUUGUUCUCUAACAUGCAUAUCUGAGGAGUGAACAAGAAAAACAGGAGAGAGAGGAAUGGACCAAACUGCAGAACGCUUUCUUUUGAUCUUGUCCUUAAAGGAAAAGAAUUUGGAAGAACAUGCUGCCUUUUUCCAAAGACUCAAAGUUUCAGAUGCUUGGUUCAGUACAGUGAUGAGCGAUUCAUUUUGUGAUAGAGGGAUGAGGCAGUAUUCUCAGGACAUUAUGACAUUCUACUCUGAAGCUUCCAUGCUGUUUUUAACCUGCACUUCUAGACAAACAGCGCUGUACCGUUAGGCCGGUGCCCCUUUAAUAAGACUUCUUCACCUGGACAGAAGUUUGCCUAUUUAUUUAGAUCAUUGUUGCUGAAUGCUUGAUGCAUUGCUGUCUAAUCAUAGCUCCUUGGAUUCUUAUCGUCCUAAUUUAAGUGCAAUAUUUUGAAUAAGUUUCAUUUGAAUAAAACAGUGGACUGAGCUGUAUUACAUAUAUGUAAGAGUUAUGAGUUAUAUAAAAAAAAAUCUGUUUAAAAGUUAUUUUACAGUUUAAAAAACAAGAACGUUAACUUUAACAGUGUGUUCCCUGGCAGCAGGCAGCUAGGGAUUGUGGAUGUAUAUAUGGUUCCGAAAAUAAAUAAAUAAAUAAAGCAAAAAAGUUUGGUAAUCUAGCGUGAACAUGUGGAUGUAAAUAUGAGAGACUGAAGCUAUAAAAUAACAUGUAAUGUUGUGAGGGGAGGCGUGAAAGGAAGGCUUCCCUUUGAUCAUACACUGCUUGUAAGGAGUUUUAUGAAAUGUAUUUUAUCAUUUUCACUGUUUACAAAUCAAGGCAUCUCCUAAGAUAGCAAGCCAAACCUGUUUUGGUGUCAUUGCAAAGGUUAAAUAAACAAAACUAGUAAAUACUA